AUGGGGAAUGUGGACGAACGCUUGGUGCAAGGAAACAGAGGGCUGUCGGUGGUGGUGGCCGGCGACCAAGGGAUCGCGUUGGUCGGCCACGAGGCGAUGGACGGCCGCGGCAGGAUGAAAUUUCGAAAGUUGUUACGCGGUCGAAUGUCACGGGCGAACGUACUCGUGGCGAGGCUUAACCAAUGCACCAGGAAACAGGCGAGCAGAGCCCGGAAAUGCAUGUGUCUGCCGUCGAAUUACGCCCUCGUCGAGUUCCCCGUGGUCUGGUCCGAGCUUAGAGCGAACCAGCAGCUGUGCGACGGUGCGAUCAGAUGCGCCCGGGACCACGUGUUCCCAGUGCACCGUGCCAUUUUGUCCGCGGUCAGCCCGUACUUCAAGGCCCUUUUCACGAACAGCCUGAAAGGCGGCAAAACGGAGACCACCGAGGUCGCCAUCGAUUCCGUUCCCGGCAAAAUUUUCAGUCUGAUCCUCGACUACGCGUACACCGGCACCUGCAACGUGAACGCUGACAAUGUCGAGCAAUUAUUACCGUUGGCCGAUCAGUUCGAGGUCCUUGGUGUGGUCCAGUUGUGCUGUCAGUUCUUGCUGCAGGAACUGAGACCCGAGAACUGCCUAGGUGUCUUUAAAUUCGCCCGUCACUAUUUCUGCCGUGACCUGGAAGAGAGGGGCCGGAAAUACAUUCGUCAUCACUUUAAGCGGAUACUACAAGAGAGCCAGGAAUUCAAAGAGGUCACCGGCGAGGAACUCGAGGCGAUCCUACGUGACGACGAGCUGAACGUUAAAAACGAGGAAAUUGUUUUCGAGGCGGUUAAAGCCUGGGUCGAGCACAACCCCGAAGAAAGAAGGCCUUGCUUGCCGAGGCUCUUGAGAUGCGUCCGGUACGGCCUGAUGAGCUAUCACUUUUUCACGAACAAUAUCCUCGCGUGGAAGACCGUCGAGGAGGAUCAACACUGCCAGCAUGUUCUCGGCCCCGCGAACGCGUACCUGAGCGAGCAAGAAACGAAACACAGUGGCGGCGAGAUCGAUCUGAAGAAUCCAUUUGCACGGCCCAGGAUCCCGUACGAGAUCCUGUUCGCGAUCGGCGGCUGGAGCGCCGGUUCCCCGACGAAUUUCGUGGAGACGUACGACACGAGAGCUGACAGAUGGUUUCUAUCAGUGAGCAUGGACGCGACCCCGAGGGCUUAUCACGGUCUAUGCGCCCUGAACAAUCAGAUCUACAUGAUCGGCGGUUUCGACGGGAAUCAACACUUCAACACGGUCCGAUGCUUCGAUCCGGUGACCAAAGAGUGGCGUGAACGGGCGUGCAUGUACCACGCCCGGUGUUAUGUCAGCGUCUGCACGCAUGGAGGAAAGAUUUACGCCCUCGGCGGCUACAAUGGCCGCACCAGGAUGAACUCCGGGGAACGAUACGAACCGCAGAAGAACCAAUGGGAGAUGAUACCGCCGAUGCAUCGUCAAAGGUCAGACGCGAGCGCGGCCGCGUUGCAGGACAAGAUUUAUAUCGUUGGCGGUUUCAACGGACGGGAAGUUCUGAAUUCCGCGGAGGUCUUUGACGUGAGGACCAAUCAGUGGAGCUACAUACAUUCGAUGAUCAAUCCACGGUCCGGUGUUUCCUUGGUGGCGUUCCGCGACAGUCUUUACGCUCUCGGUGGCUUCGACGGCUUUACCAGACUCUGUUCCGGGGAACGUUACAAUCCGAAUCAUUCGGAGGACUGGCACACGGUUCCAGAGAUGCUCAGCCCUCGCAGCAAUUUCGCCACGGUCAUCUUGGACGACAUGAUUUUCGUUGUCGGCGGUUUCAAUGGCUCGACGACAAUCGCGUACGCAGAAUGCUACGAUGCAGACAGCAACGAGUGGUACGACGCGUCGCCGAUGAAUCUUAAUCGAAGCGCCUUGAGCGCUUGCGUUAUUGCCGGCCUUACUAACGCGCGUGAAUAUUCAUACCAAAGCAAAGCUCGGGAUCUUGGCCAAGGACAAGCGUCGUCCGAAAAUCAGGAGAAGACCAAUCAAGGCGGCGAGGGUGCCGCCGAGACGAACGCCGCAAUUUCCACGGAAGAGGGUGAAUCUGUGAACUUCGAGGAACACGAUCAAGGGGAAGCUGGCCCCAUGGAGGAGAUAGCGGAGAGCGGUGGCAAUUUUCUAGGAUAA